AUGCGGACUCGCUUUACAGACUGGAUUUCUAGUACACGAAGUAAACUAAAACUUUUUGUUUCUCGACAUGAAGUUAGUGAUGCUACUUAUAAUUUGAAAAAAACUUUCCCUAUUGGAAGGCAACAUUUGAUAAGUAAACGUUUACAUCGAAAAAGUUCGUUUAUUUUUUAUGCUUUGUUGUAA